AAGAACACUUCUUAGCUCAGAAGGUGGAAGCUCUCGGCCAAUAAUCUCUUUUUAGAUGGCCUCCUGUUUAUAUAUCGUCAUCUCACUUUUCUGGACUCUUCAGUAUGCAGGGACUCUCCAUGUAUAUAACAAUGAUUUAAUCCAGAUUGCUUUUGCCAAUGAAGAAAUUAAUGCAAUCUGCAAAAUUUCCUUAAUUUAUAAACCGGAAUAUAUGAACUUCAACAUUAGAUAUUAUCGGAUUGACUUGGAAGGCAAGGAAACUACAGUAAUGCAAUUUAAAAUCUCUGAAAACCUUUCUACUGGACCUCUGAAUAAGACAAAAGAAAAUGUUUACAGUUUUUCCAUCAAACCUGCUGAGCACGCCUCUGUUUCUGGUACCUACAUCUGCGAAGCUGAAUGGACAAAAAAAGUUAGAAGGGGAAAUGGGACAUUUACCCUUUUCAAAGACAAAGGAUAUACAGAACCCUCCCUUACAAUGUGGAAGUGUCUCAUCACCAUUAUAAUUGUUUUGGCUGCUUUGAGCAUCGCAGGAACAGCCCUGGUCUUCUGGAAGAGAGAGAUGGUGUGGCCUGGGUGGAGCCAGAUCAAGAAGUUCCCAGCUCAGGGGCCUGCACCUCAACAUGCUUCAGGCAGCUCAGAACCUCCCGAGACCCCAUAUGCUGAAUUAGGACCUCGUGAAUCUGGCAUCUAUUUUGCCAUUAAUAAAAGUGCAGGUAGCCUGUCACACAAAAAGAUGCCUGCAAUUAUGAUGACUCAGCAGAAAACACAAGAAGUCACAGAUGUGUAUGAGAAUAAUAUCACAGAUGUAUAUCAGAACAUCUAAGAACAGAGAACUGCACUGCAUAGCCCUACCAUCAUAGCUCAAAAGAAGAUUCUAAAUUCCCAAGACACUUCAGCAUGGCACAAGCACACUGUUGUUAUAAACCAAAAUAACCUUCUGAUGUUGGUACAGGUGAUCUUGGUACAGUUCAAUACCUGGAGCAGCCCAUUAUUGUUCCUAGAAAAUUCAGCUCUGUGACAUGAAUGCUUUCUGCUGAAAAUAAUUGGCCAAUAAAAUGGGAAUGUGAGCAUGAUGCAAGAAGAAAGAUUUGGGAGAACAAAAAUGGAAUGUCUUUAUUUUCUACCAUGAUUUCUGACCAUAGUUCUAGCAAAGCAUUAGAAUACUUGGAAUUAAGCUCCUCUAAACAAUAUGUGACAAAUGAAUCCAAGAAGAGAUCUGCAGAGCUGCACUGAGUGUUAAAUGUAGCAUUCUUGAUUUUAACUGGUUUUAUUGUACAUGGUGACUGCAAGCAUAUUGGUGAACUGAUUCAUUUCCUGAUGUUUUGGAUGUAAUUGUAUUUUUAUUCAUUAUUUCACCAGUGCAGAAGUAGCCAAUGUAGUGCCCUUCAGAUGUUGUUCUACAACUACCAUAAACUCUGGCCUUCGGCCAUGCUGGUGGAUGUUAAAGGGCACCACAUGGGUAUCUGUGAAUUAGAGUAAUGUAUGAGACUCAACAAUAUAUAAGUAACGUGUUCAUUUUCCAUCCCUUGUUUCCCUUCCUCCAUGUAAUCUAUAGCUUAUUAUCUGGCUGAGAAAAGAAAGGAAAAUUCCAAUACAUCAAGGGGUUGCUAACCUGUGCCCCUCCAGAUGUUGUUGGACUCCAACUGCUAUCAUCUCCAGCCAGCAUGCUCAAUGUCAGGGAUUAUGAUGGCAGUUAUAAUCCAGUAACAUCUGGAAGGACGCAGGUUCCCCAACCCUGCACUAAAUCCACUGACUAACUUGAUAUAAGCAAUUACCAUUAUAAUUUAUUUCAUGUAUGAAUCACUUCCCAUGAGGCACCUCAAAGCAAUUUACAAUAUAACAUAUAAAAAAGUUAUAAAAACA